AUGAGAACAACCUUUCCUAUUGCCUGCCAUUUGCCUAGAAAUCCCUUGAAAGAUUCUAGCAUUCGCCGCAGAGAAAGCCCGGUAAUCUCAUCGCUUGAGACCACCACAAAAACUUAUUCCUCGCAAUCUGAUAGCAAGUAUUGCCAUCUCCCAGAAGGAGUCGAUCCAUUGACACAGCAGAUGCUCAACUACGAUGAACCUCGUUCCAAUUAUCACGGAUUUUCGUACGAAUUCAUUCACUCGGCGCUAUCGUCGGUUUUCGAUUGCCGGACUGCAAAUUGUUCGUUCGCUCAACAGUACAUACAGUACGGUCGGCUACUGAAGUUCAUAUACGGAUAUCUCGCAUACUCUGACGUUACCCAAUCAUUCUUCCAAUGCAACAAACCUCGGCUCUACCCUCAAUCCAUAAUAGACGGUUUAACAGGUGAAUUCAUUGUUGCUAUUUCCAAACCGGAAAUUCCAGUAAUGAACCCAACAACAUAUGAGGUACCACAGGGGUGCGAUGGUGUCAAGCCAAAUAGCACCUGGAUUUACCUUUGCAAGAAUCUAUCAAGCGAGCAUACAAGUAGGGCGCCUGUUCGAGCACCAAUAUGUGGAAGUACGAUGUCGCCAACGGGGAAAGUCGACUACCAGUGCUCGUCAUUUCAUGAACUUCAAGUGGUGGACAACAAGUCAUUCUACAACAUCUACUCGUAUCUCGAUAUGGUGAGCGCAUUGACGGCUCAUCACAUCCAAUGGUACGGAGCUAUCGUCAUGAACGGAGCUGUUUCUCUGCCUGAUAGCGCUUAUGUCGAGUAUCCAGAUGGCUCUCCUGACCAUCUUCAACUACAACAACGUCGCAUUCGAGUGCAUGGGCAGUGCGUUUACGAAUAUACUGGCGGAAAGUCCUACAGUAACUCCGUCUUCGGCACAAUCCAGGAUUACCAUACGUGCCUCGUCAAUUUUAGUGUCAUAAUUAUUGUGACCAACGUAUCUAACAGAGAGACUGGUGGAGGCAGACCGGUCUGGAAGUCUUCGCCACUUGCGUUGGCAGCCCUGGCCUUCAAUAUCAACCUCAGCGGAAAGGAGACCACGAUGUCGAAGACGUUCUUGGUAUGGAGAAGCUGGCCUAAAAGAAAGUUGGAAGACUUCGAAUUUCUGAUGGGUGAGAUCACAAAUUAG